AUGAGUCUCUCUCAGCAUCGGGAAGACGUGGCAUCGCAAGAAGUAUGUUUUCCGAAGGCACUUACUUUCAUCGAUAACGUUGAGGAUGUCGCACAACAAUAUUUGAUCCCCGAGUCCAACAAGCCCUCCAGUUUGAAUCAAACGAACGCCACACAUGGAUUUCUCCGACAGCUUCCGGUGGAAAUAUGGGAGAGGGUGCUGGACUUUUUGGCGUACGACCUUUGGGACGAUUGCAAUAUGCAAGAACUAUGGAAAUACGGACGUGUGUGUCUCGCAUGGUACCUCCGGUGUCGAUUUCACGCAUUGCAAGACAUUGAGCUAUACAGUAGGAGCCAUGUCCACCGGCUGAUGAAGAUCAUAACGAAGGACCGGCGUCUUAUAGAUGGGGUACUGGACGUUGACAUAUGCAACGGUAUCGAUUCUCUCGGAGUGUACGCGGCGUGCAUGGUGCGCAGGCAGCGGAAAGUCCAGACUCUGAUGAUUUUUGACUGUGAAUGGAUUACUGGGAAGCUGCAUCCUCACGUCUUCCUCCACAUCGGUACCGCAUUCUCCUCGCUCACUACCCUCAUUCUCGAGUGGGUCACGUUUCCGUCCGCGCCCGUCUUUGGCAGACUCAUCUUUGCACUUCCCUCUCUUGACCAACUCCGGUGCUUCUAUCUGAAACUCCGUACACCUCGGUUCGUCCAGGGCGUUGUCCGUAUUCCGAAAAAGCUGGUGCUCAGGCGGCUGUCGCUGUCCGUUAGCAAUGACGUCAUCAACUUUUGCACCUCUUCAUUCGCAGGUAGUCUCCGGCAUCUUGAUGUCGAUUUCAAGAGCCAGACAGACUCGAGCGACUAUCAGCGGCUCAUUAAUACAGGCGGCGGGUCUCUGACUGACAUCUGGAUCUUCCUCAAUGGGGAGUCCAGGACAUGGGACGAUUUUCAGUUGGACCUCGUUCCUGCCACUGAGCUGCGUUCUCUAUGCUUCUUUGAUCAGACAGGUGAACCGAUAGCGCGCUGGUUCAGCUGGCUGGUUCCCUUCUUUGCCACCAUAUCAUCUUCCAAGCUCAAUGAAGUAAUCAUUCGUUCUCACCUUACGAGCAAGGAUUUUGAUGCAUUUGAGGAACGGUUUUGUACCUUCAGUGAGGCAGAUUGCCUGAGCUUAGAGGAAAUAUUUGGUCGCGAACAGUACAAAAGUCUCACCAUGGUCCGAUUUCACCUUCUGGUACAUACUUCGGAUGUAGAUACCGGGAAAGACGCAAACUUUACGAAGAUUCCACCGGGAGAUGUAUGGCGGGAUUAUAUCUUCUCCAAUUUUCCAAAUCUGAGGGCUCCUCUCGCCACCUCUUGGAUAUUUUACGACCAUUUUACCCGAAAUUUUGAGAUGGCGCCGUCCGAUUUCGCGAAAGUAGACUUGGCCGAGGUCGUCGAGCAGCUCACGACAGAUGAAGCGAUUCUUCUAACUGCCGGAGUCGGCUUUUGGCACACACAUGCUGUUCCCCGUCUCGGUAUACCUGCUUUGAAGACCAGCGAUGGACCCAACGGUAUUCGCGGGAAUCAUUUUUUUAUGGGCACUCCCGCGAAAUGUCUGCCUUCUGCAACCGCACUUGGUGCAACGUUCGAUCCAGAGCUCAUCCAUCUUGUCGGCCGCAAGCUGCUUGCGGAAGAAGCGAAGCUCAAAGCUGCCUCCGUAUGGCUUGGUCCUACGUGCAACACUCAGCGCAACCCACUCGGAGGGCGGUCCUUCGAGUCCUUCUCUGAAGAUCCUCAUCUUUCUGGCAUGAUUGCUGCGUCCUAUAUCGCUGGUGUCCAGGAGGGCGGCAUCGCCGCGUGUAUCAAGCACUUUGUUGGGAACGACAAGGAGAACGAUCGAAUGGCAUACGAUUCUAUCAUGUCCGAGCGCGCCUUGCGAGAGAUUUAUCUCAUGCCGUUCAUGCUUGCGCAGAAGUAUGCUCAGCCGUGGUGCUACAUGACUGCAUACAACCGCGUGAACGGCACGCAUGUAUCGGAGAACCCGAAAAUCAUUCAAGACAUUCUGAGGAAAGAGUGGGGCAGUGACGCACUGGUCAUGAGUGAUUGGUUUGGUGUGUACUCCAUUGAUCACGCCAUAAACGCAGGACUUGAUCUCGAAAUGCCGGGCACGAACAAGUGGAGAACGCUCGACCUGAUGAACCGAUCCAUCCAAAGCAGGAAGAUCAUGAAGCGCACUGUCAAGGAGCGCGCUGCAAAGGUGUUGGAGCUCGUCAAGAGGUGUGCGACACAGACGCCCGAGAUUCUCGACGGCGAUGGCAUUGAGCACACGCGCGACACACCCGAGGAGAAGGCGCUCAUGCGCCAGCUCGCCGCCGCGUCCAUAGUAUUACUGAAAAACGAGGGCGGUAUCCUGCCUAUCAAGCCCAAGGAACAGGGCAUCAAGAAGAUCGCCAUCGUGGGUGGGAACGCGAAGGCGAUCGUGCUGAGCGGCGGAGGCUCCGCGGCGCUGAAACCGAGCUUCUUCACGAAUCCGUACGAGGGGAUCGUCCAAGCGCUUGGAGAGGUUGACAAGGACGUGCAGAUCACAUACUCGGAGGGCGCGCGGGCGUACAUGCUCACGCCAUCGUUGGAUUAUGACAUGUUCACCGAGACGGGUGAGCGGGGAUGGGUUGGCUCGUGGUAUGCGCACGAGAGCGACGAUAGCAUGACGCCGUUGAAAGAGCCUCUGAAGACGCAGUACAUCGACGAGACUCGCAUGUUCUUCAGCACGUCAUACCCUGCAGAGCUCACAAAGAAGUGGACGCUAAAGAUGAACGGGAAGAUCAAACCGAGAGAGCGCGACUGCGAUUUCGAGUUUGGACUGGUCUCUGCUGGAAGGGCGAAGCUCUACGUCGAUGGACAGCUCGUCGUCGACAACUGGACGCGCCAGAGGCGUGGUGACUCGUUUUUCGGGUCCGGUUCCGCUGAAGACAAGGGUGUAUUUCGGCUCAAGGCUGGUGUGUCGCACCACAUCCUGGUCGAGUACUGCAAUGUGCGCGCACCGGCGCCGGAGGACCCUGACGAGGCGAUCAUGGAUUCGAACCCUGGUGUGCGCCUCGGAGGAGCAGAGGUGCGCGACUCUGACGAGCUGAUGGAGAGCGCGGUGCAGCUCGCGCGAGAGGCGGACGUCGUGAUCGCGGUUGUCGGGCUGAAUGCGGACUGGGAGACGGAAGGGUAUGACCGCACGACGCUGGCACUGCCGCAGCGCACGGACGAGCUCGUCGAGCGCGUCGUACAGGCGAACCCACGCACCGUUGUUGUCACCCAGUCUGGUUCGAGUAUCACGAUGCCGUGGACAUCGAAAGUCCCUGCGAUCGUACACGCGUGGUACCUGGGCAAUUCAACAGGCGAGGCAAUUGGUGAAGUGCUGACCGGGAAGGUCAACCCCAGUGGUCGAUUGAGCUUGACGUUCGCGAAACGCCUAGAAGACUUCCCAAGCCAUGGCCACUUCCACUCUGAGAACGGAAAGGUCCGCUACGGUGAGGAUCUGUUCGUCGGAUAUAAGCAUUUCCACCACAGAGGAAUUGCGCCCGAGUUCCACUUCGGCUACGGCCUGUCUUAUACUACGUUCAAGUAUUCCGACCUGAAGCUUUCCAAGCCUGUUGUCUCGAAUGGCGACGUGAAGAUCGCCGCUCAAGUCACAAUCGCGAACACUGGCUCAGUGUCGGGCUCUGACAUUGUCCAGCUCUAUGUCACGCUUCCCACCACAUCGGAGCUGACGCACCCACCAUUGAUGCUAAAGGCGUUUGCGAAGGUGAAGGAUCUAGCGCCGGGAAAGAGCCAGACGAUUACACUAGACCUCGACAAGUACGCGGUUUCCUACUGGGAGGACAGGAUAUCAAGAUGGGUUGUAGAGAACGGCGACUAUUUGAUCCGUGUCGGCAGGAGCAGCGCUCCGGAAGACCUUACGCUGGCUGCGACGGUGACCAUCGAGAAAGGCUUCGAAUGGAACGGCCUGUAA